CCAUCGUUAUAUAAGGGUCAGACCCGCCUUCUCCAGACUCCAGUCUCUCCAGAGAUCUCUCUCCCACACCUCCAGUUUGUCCCUUCAGUCUGGUGCUAGAUUGAAAAUCCGGAGUCGGUCCAUUUUCUUUUCAGUUGGUCAAUCCGUCGAGAUCACACUUAGUAAGAUCUGGAGCGCGCAACCAUAGCGCUCGACAAUCACACCAAGUUGGCUCCACCAACCUCUCCCUUAGAAUAAACCAAAAUGACGACGGCGACAAUCCCGUCGUACAUGGGCCUUUCGGGCCGGCCACUGUCUCUGGUCGUGAGUACAGUGGCGACAAUGGGUUUCCUGCUUUUCGGUUACGACCAAGGAGUGAUGAGCGGUAUUAUCGGCUCUGACCACUUCGCCAACGUAUUCGAGGAAGUCCGAAACAAUGCGACAAUGCAAGGUCUGGUCACGGCUAUUUACGAGAUUGGUUGCCUUAUCGGCGCUAUGUUCAUUCUUGGUGUUGGUGACAUCCUUGGUCGACGAAAAGCUAUGAUUAUCGGCGGCGCAGUCAUGAUCGUUGGAGCUACAAUCCAGGUUACUGCGUUCCCGGGCCACAAUCCCCUCGCUCAAUUCAUCAUUGGCAGAGUUGUCACUGGUGUAGGCAACGGUAUCAACACCUCCACUAUCCCGACAUACCAGGCCGAGUGCAGUAAGACCUCCAACAGAGGUUUGCUCAUCUGUAUCGAGGGUGGUAUUAUCGCAUUCGGUACCGUUAUCGCUUACUGGAUUGACUACGGCUGCAGCUACGGUAGUGAAGACCUAUCUUGGCGAUUCCCCAUUGCUUUCCAGACUCUUUUCGGUUUCGUUGUGUGCAUUUGCAUGGUCUUCCUCCCUGAGAGUCCUCGUUGGUUACUUACCCACGAGCGUUACGAAGAUGCCGAGCGUGUUAUCUCCGCUCUGCGAGGUUACGAACUUGGCAGUGAGGAGACUCACACCGAGCGAGACAUUAUUCUAGACUCUAUCCGCGCCUCUGGUUUCGGUAGCCGCAAGAGCACUCCUGUUAAGGCCCUUUUGACCGGUGGCAAGACCCAGCAUCUCCGACGUAUGUUGAUCGGCUCUAGCAGUCAGCUGAUGCAACAAGUGGGUGGAUGUAACGCCGUCAUUUACUACUUCCCUAUUCUGUUUGAAAAGCAAAUCACUGUCGGCGACCAGAACAUGGCUCUACUUAUGGGUGGUGUUAACAUGAUUGUUUACGCUAUCUUUGCUACUACAUCUUGGUUCAUCAUCGAGCGUGUCGGUCGUCGCAAGUUAUUCCUUUACGGAUCCAUUGGACAGGGCUUGUCUAUGGUCCUCACAUUCGCUUGUCUUAUUCCUGGUACCACCUCCGCUGCCAAGGGUGCGGCUGUGGGUCUUUUCACUUACAUUGCAUCCUUUGGAGCGACUUGGCUUCCUCUUCCGUGGUUGUACCCCGCUGAAAUCAACCCCAUCAAGACCCGUGCGAAGGCCAAUGCCGUCUCAACCUGCACAAACUGGCUCUUUAACUUCCUUAUUGUCAUGGUUACACCUGUUAUGAUUGCCAACAUCGGCUGGGGUACUUACCUAUUCUUCGCCGUUGUCAACGGUUGCUUCAUUCCUAUCAUCUGGUUCUUCUACCCUGAGACUGCUCGACGAUCACUGGAGGAAAUUGAUAUUAUCUUUGCCAAGGGAUUCGUUGAGAACAAGUCUUACGUUCGUGCUGCCGAGGAGCUACCGCUACUUACCCCCGAACAGGUCGAGCAGGAAGCGCUCAAGUACGGUCUUAUCGACACUGCUGCCAGAGGCGCGGCUCGUGCUGCCGGCCCUGCUGGCGUCAACCACGAGAAGGCACUUAGCGAGAAGAGCGAGGAGGAAUCUGGAAGCCACGAAGAGGUUGAGAACUAGAGUCUUGAUUGACUUUCCUAUAGCGUUUUAGAUGCGCUAUCCUUAAUACAGCCGACCGUGGCAAGACGUUUGGCUUUUUCACUAUGAUACCACUAUUAGGGGGAGGGUUCAGGGCAUUAGAGGUGGGAUGGAAUGUCCUCUGGUUAACCGAUUUGAUCGUAGAUUGGUUGCUCUACAUAGAACUGGGUUUGGGCAGGCCAAUAUUUCUCAUAGACCUAGAUAAUUCGGCGGUUUAGAGGUACGGGAUUCUCGCCGCAACUGUAACGAGGUAAUCUUCACAAUCAAUGCAACCGUUACAACAUAUUACAUAUACGCAUUCAAUUGUUACGCGAAAUGUAGACAGUGGAUGUUAUACUACGUGAAAGAAAC